CAUCUGUGCCAGGGCUCUGGGCUCAGGAGGCGGAGAAGCAGCUCCGGCAGCGCUAGGAAGGAAGGAGGCAAGGCAGGCAGGGGAGCUGCUCUCCUCAAGCCGUCCGUCGGCAGCGGGGGAAGCGGCAUGCAGCUGGCAGGGGGCAGCCGGCUUCUCUCAGGAGGGCGAUGGAGAUCUGCUAUCUGACAAUGCCUGGGUGAGAGGAGGGGAGGAAAAGAAGCAGUCAGCCAACCCCACCACCAGCUGCCACCACCACUGUCACCACCAGCACCACCACCACCUCCUCCUCCUCCUCUCUCUGCAUUGUUGCUCGCAUCUGCUCCACCGUACUCUGUAUUGGAUGGAUCUGUGGUGAGACCCAGCCGGAUCCACCUGCAAAACCCAACAACAUUUCAAUAGGGAGAGGACGAAGAAGAAAAAGAAGAAGAAAGAAGAGGAAGAAGAGAGAGAGGGAGGGAGAGUGGACGAGCAAAAGCGGGGGAGAGAGAGAGAGAGAAAGGAAGACAAGAAAAUCCCCCCCAAUCUUUUAAGUCAAUGCAUAUUGUGGUGACACUGGCAACGGAGCCCUCACGGUGGAGUCGGCCAGGGCUGUGCGCUCCCAAAAUAUGACCAGGGGUGCUUGGAUGUGCAGUCGGCAGUACGAUGACGGCCUAAAAAUCUGCUUUGCACCCCGGGAGAACGAGAAACCCUUCACUGAUUCAGAGAGGGCUCAGAAAUGGCGACUGUCCCUGGCAUCGCUCUUGUUUUUCACAGUCCUGCUCUCUGAUCACUUGUGGUUCUGUGCCGAAGCCAAACUCACCAGGACCAGAGACAAGGAGCAGCAGCAGCAGCAGCAGCCCGAGUAUCCGGAGCGGCAGCUACUCUCUAGCAUGGGGGAGCCCUCGCCUGCAGCACAGGCGGCCCAUAGACUCCUCUCCUCCCCAUUACCCCCCCUGCCUCCCUCCCCCAGCAGCAGCUGCAGCAGCGGUGGCAGCAGCAACAAUAAUAACAGUAACAACAACAACAACAAGGCUAUUUUUCUAGGGAACUCUACCAAACCUUUUUGGCGCCUGGAGACGUGUUACCCGCAGAGCUCCGCAUCUGGCCAGUGUUUCAGCGUGGAGGAUGCGGACUCUGUGUGCCGGAGGAGAUGGAGCCGGGAGCAGCAGGUGACGGGGAAUCAUCCGACUCCGAGCUGGAACUUGACGGAUUUUUACCUUUCCUUUUGUAAUUCCUACACCCUUUGGGAGUUGUUCACCGGGUUGUCCAAUCCGGACACUUUGAACUGCAGUCUGGACGUGGUGCUGGAGGGGGAAGGCUCCUGCAGCCAGUGCGUCCAGGCUUACCAGCGCUACGACCAGCACGCUCAGGAGAAAUACGAAGAGUUUGAGGUUAUGCUCCAGAAAUAUUUACAAUCGGAUGAAUACUCGGUGAAUUCGUGUCCUGAGGAUUGUAAGAUUGUCUACAAAGCCUGGCUCUGUUCCCAGUAUUUUGAAGUCACACAGUUUCACUGCAGCAACAGAAUUCCUUGCAAGCAAUACUGUUUGGAGGUUCAGACAAGGUGUCCAUUUAUAUUACCAGACAAUGAUGAUGUCAUCUAUGGAGGACUAUCAAGUUUCAUCUGUACAGGGCUCUAUGAAAAUUAUCCAACCAAUGCAGAACCAGAAUGCUGUGAUGUCAGAUGGGGACUAUUACCAGAUAAUCAAUCCAAAGGGACUAUAAAAACAAGUGACUCAUCAAUGUGUCACAGGACAUCGCUCACAGUUUCAUCAGCAUCAAGACUGUGUAACAGCAGACUUAAACUGUGUGUUCUUGUGUUAAUUCUCUUACAUACAGUACUUACAGUCUCAGCAGCACAGAACUCAACAGGACUGGGCUUUGGAGGCAUAACAACUUUGGAAGAUAAUUCAACUAAUGAUGAAUAAAAGAAAGGAUACAUGUCAAAUGAUAGACACACAAUAGGCCCAUGUGUACUACAGUCAAAUAUAACAGAGACUGGGUGCUUUUACCCUCAAAUCACUUCUUGAAAGGCCUUCUGGGUAAAAUUAAAAGGAUGGGCAACAAUCCAAACAAGGACACAUGAACACAGCUUUUUAUUGACUAAAAGGCUGUAUGGUGACUUAAAUUUCUCACACCAUUUUAUACACUGUGUUUUAAUGUUUGGAGUUUCUUUUUUUGUUUGUUUUUUGCACUUGUUAAUACAGGAUUUUAUUUUUGGGACCGUUUCUCAAAGCUAAACUAAGUCUUUUCACUGUCGAUAUAUUUCUAUUCAUUGUGUAUGUUCAUCUGAUAGUUCUGUCUUUUAUGUCCUGUCAGUUUCUAUUAGAGGAAUGACUGCUAUGAUUCCAUGGCAUAACAAAAAACAAAAAAACAACAAAAACAAAUUUAAAAAAAAAACAACAAAACCCACAAAAAAAUACAAAAAAACACACACACCCCACCACCAACCUAACUAUCCUUUUUACCUGUGGAAAUCAUUCUCUUCCUUCCCCUUCCCCCAUCUCUCUUAAGCAGACAACAUCCACUUGCUUCUGUCUGUGUAAUCACAAUGAAUGGGUACACAUGAUUCUGGUGUACCUCUGCCACUGUUGCACAAACCAGCUGACUGAGCAAACCCAACCAGAGCAUGAGGGGUUCCUUUUAGCUGAACAAGCAAGUGCUCUCCUUACAAGGUGGGAUCGGACAGUUAACCAAUUUUUAUGUAUAGAAAUCUAUAACAAACUGUUGCUCCAAUUCCCAUUUUAAAGAAGUCCAGUCCUUUCUCGCUGGUCAGUUGAACAGGAGCAGCCUUUUUAGAUACAGUAUGGGAAACCAGUUAAGCUCAGCAAGUUGAAUAGUUGGGAGGCCUUCCUAUUGGAGGUAAAAGAUUGGCAUUCAUUGUGAAUUACGUUUUCAGUUCCACUGCAGUCACAUAACCAGCAAAGAUUCAUAAUGUCUGGGAGCAAAGAGAUUCAGAAAAAAAGAAGCCUUUUUGUUCUGACAAAGCUACAGUAGAAGCAUUUAAGCACCGACAGUACAAAUGAUGUGUUCAGUGUUGAAUCCAUUGUUUUUCUAACAGCUACAUGUUGUUGAAAGUUAUUUGAGUUAUUAAGGAUGCAUCGUGAUGUAUUAGCACAGCUGAAGAACAUGGGUUUUUUAAUAAAUAGGUCAACCAUUUUCAUAAGUAUGCAAUAAAACAGCAAAGAACAUACCAGGCUAUCAGUAAUCAAGGGAAAGAAGAGUAAUCUGAUUGCCUUUUCCAUUGCUUUUUUUUUAUUUUUUAUUUUUUGGGGGGACAUUUUACCCACUGAGUGUAUGAGUAUUUGCUUUAUAAAAAGGCUUUUUAGAGUUUACAAUAGAAUCAAUGGAAGGAAAAGUUUAUAAGGGCUGUUUUUAAACAUUUUACAUUCCUUCCUAUUCUCUAACUACACUUGGGAAGUGCACUUUAGAGAUGUUUGCUGUGUAGCUGGGAAAUGAAGGAAAACUAUAAGAAAUGUUCUCUUAGCAAAUAAAGUUUAGUUACCUACUUUCUAGCUUUGAAAUAUCCCUUGAUAAUUAUUUCCAUUUUAAGAGAAUUUAAUCACUGCUACUUAGGUAUGCAAUUUUUUUAAAUUCACAUCUUAUGGUUUGUGAAAUUCUGUGGGGGAGGAGGAAGAAGGAAACCCUACUGCUUAAGCUGCUUAAAAUGCAUUUGUUAAGAUGUAAAAGCUCAAAUAUUUUGCAAGAGUAUUUGUUUUGAUAGUGUUUUACUAUUACUGGGACUGAGGGUCCUAAAAUGAUCUGUGCAAAUACAAAAAAGCACCAAAAAAUGCAAAAUUCUUCAGCUCAUUUGUGUUUCCAUAACCUGUUCCCUCUACACAAUAUAUUCCGUUCAAUAAAACAUGGUGCUUUUUUUUUCUAGGGGCACAUGUGUUAAUUGCAUUGAACUGAUGCAAACUGUGGGAAAAAGUGUAGUAAUGAAAAUGAAAAAGCCUUAACUAAUGGUAGAAUGUAGAUUACAAAGAGGAUGGGAAUAUUCCUGAAAAGUAGUGGAGCAAUAACUGGACAGUGCUGCGGUACUGUACGAUAGCUUAUGAGUCACAUUACUGAGAAAGCACUUACUAGGUGAGCUCUUGUUCAACUGACCUCUUAAUUAUAUUAAGUGUAUAUGGUCAGUAAACAGUUUGUUAUAACCUUUAUCUACCUCUGCUGUGCAAAGGCCAUUCAACAUCUAUCUCUGUGAUGUUCUUCAUAUUUUUGUUCACACCAUAGUUUACUUUCAUCUAUUUUUACACUGCACCAGUACAGUAGCAAGUCCUGUUCAUCCCCAUUAAACUAGCGUAUAAAGAAGAGUUGCCAUUUCUACUCACUGAAUCCUAUUUUUCCUCAUGGUGACCUAAUGUGACAAAUCAUCUUUAAGAAAUAUUAUUUCUUCCCUCUCUGUCCUCUCUCCCCUUUAUUUUUUUCUUUAAAGGUGUUUUCAACUGGUAUCAGUGAGAAAUAUGACUCCUCCACUGCUUCGCUACACUCAGUAACAUAUGUCAUACAAUAUGGGGAGAAAGACAGCUGAGAAAAAACAGUGGCGACAUCAUCACAUGCAUAAAAUAGCCAAACUAAAGUUGGGUAAAAUGGAGUAAGAAGCAAUUACAGAGUCUUAAUCAUUAAGUAUAAAAUGUAAUAAAAUACUCCCCGUGUCCCCACCACGAGUCAGUGCCUGCAGUUAAAUGGUCUGUGAAUUCUUUGUCUUUUUUUUUCUUUUCUAUUUCUUUUGUUUAAAAAAAACCAUGUUCUUGGGGUGACUACUGCUGUGAUAUUUGUUACCAUUCCAACAAGGUAUUUCUACUCCAGCAGUGUGAUAUGAAGCUUCUCCUGGUGACAACUAGGAAAUCACAAGUAGACAAAGACUCUUUUAUGAAGUUAAGCAACACGUAAUCAUGUAUGAUGCAAAAUUUCAUUUCAUCCACUCCUCCUUCAUAAUAGUUUUCCUGGCACAAACUUAAGCAUGCUUGAUAUUGUGCACAUCUAACUUUUUUUGCCAGAAUAAAUUUGCAUCUUGCCACUGCUGUAGCUGCCAUCUUGUUCCAUUUCUCCUUGUACGGUAUGCCUAUUACAUACAUGAUAAAGAACUGGCUUAAAAAAGAAAAAAUAAUACUAAAAUAUUUCUUCAAGCAAGUGACAAAAAAAAGAAGAAAGAAUAGAAUAAUAUUUAUUUUGCAGUCAUAUGGAACAGAUUUUCCCCAUGUCUUUUAUUGUCUUCUUUUCUGCUAUAGGGAUAAUCCAGAGUUUGUGCAAUAUGUUAAUACUGCUCAACCAAAUGUCAUAUAACAUAACCAGAGCUAUAUGUUAUUCCUUAUUGCAUUUACAUUUGGUAAUAUGUUAUAUUGACUUUUUUCUUUCAUUAAAGAGCCAGCAUCCAUUUUUUGCAAAUAUAGCAGGUGAAGGCUGUCCUUCUGCACGCCAUAACUUAAUGACAAAAACAAAUGUAGAAUAAAGGUUUAGCUCCAUAAUUGAUGAAACAGAGCCAUUGACUGUCAGUGAAUCUGUGGAACAACAAAGACACACCAAAAAUGGGUUUUCAAGAAAUUUCAUCAUGAGUGGUCAAACAGUAGUUUUCAUCUAAUAAAACAGGGGAACAAAGAGCUGUAUACCAAAUAGUGGAGAUGGCAGGUUUCACUGAGUAUGUGAUGUUGGUCUCAACACUUAGCCAAUAUAAUUAUAUUCUGUUAUUACAAAGUGGAGGGACAAGGACAUUGUCUUCCUUCUUUCUAUAUAUCUAUCUAUUGUGAAUGGCCUUGCCCUAAGUAUUGCAUUUGAAGCAGAAGGCACAUCUGCUUAACAUUAUAACUGAAGACUCCACACAUGUGUGCACAUACACAGAGAAACCUGUCUUAAGUGACUACCCAAAGCGCAAGCAAAAAUAAUUUGCCUAGCAGAGGUAGUUAAUUAAAGGUCAAACAAAAUUAUACUAGAAGCCUUAGGGAGAAAUUGAAAUGGCCAGUGAGGUUCUCA